AUGGAGAAGUACGAGCGUGUGAGAACGCUCGGUGCCGGGUCCUUCGGCAAGGCCUUUCUCGUUCGCAACAAGGACACACGCCAGCUAUGUGUGAUGAAGGAAAUGAAAUGCAAGACCAAGGCAGACUUGGAAGAAGCCAUCAAGGAGUCAAAGUUCCACGCCAGCGUCUCCCACCGCAACAUCAUCCAGUACUUUGACGUGUUCCAGGAAGGUUCACGGACCGUGUUCAUCGUGAUGGAGUAUGGACAGGGCGGUGACCUCCAGGCGCAAAUCAAACGCAAACGCAUGGCGCGACAACGGUUUCCAGAAGCAACCAUCGUCAAAUGGCUCGUACAGGCAUGCAUGGCCCUGCAGUACCUCCACCAGCAGGGCAAGCUGCACAGAGACAUCAAGGCUGGUAACCUAUUUCUCGAUGCGAAAGGCAACAUCAAACUGGGCGACUUUGGGAUUGCGCGCGUGCUGGAAGCAAACGCCGCACGCAUGUCUGCACGCACGUGCAAGACACCAGUCGGCACGCCGCUGACGAUGGCGCCCGAGAUUGCGGCGGGAAAAGCGUACGGGCAGAAAGUUGACAUCUGGGGCAUUGGCUGCGUGCUGUAUGAGCUGAUACAACUCAAGCCCGCCUUCUUCGCGCAGUCGCUUGACGGCCUCCUCUCGCGCAUCCGCCGCGGGAAGUACGACACGCGCUACCCCGACCACGUGAGCAAGGACCUGCAGCAGCUGAUUGCGAUGAUGCUGCGCGUCGACCCGAACAAACGGCCCAGCGCCGCCCGCAUCCUCGCCCACCCGUUCCUCGCCGCACAGCAGCAGCAGCAGCAGCAGCAGCAGGUGGCGUCACAUGGCGCGUCGCCGGCUACGGCGCGGCGGCAGAGCGAACCCAACCAUGACGUCAUGGGGCUGCGGCCCUUGAAAUUGCGAGGCAUGCCACGCCGCGCCCUCCAACAACAACAGCAGCAGCAGCAACGGCACCAGAGCCGAAGGGACGACAGCAGCAGCCCCGUUGAGCUGCAUGACGACGACGGCGCUGUUGCUUUGGGCGCCCUCGGUGGCGGUGGCAUGCGGCGACGAAGCAAAGCAGGCGGUCACCCCGGUGGUCGGCCUGUCGACCGGCGCACAAGCUGGGACGCGCUCGAUCCACACCCGCAGCAGCAUCGUGCCGGCGGUGAUGGCGGUGAGCAACAGCAGCGGCACCGCGAUCAUCGUUACCGCCACCAGCACCCACAGGGCCGCCGCAGCCGCAGCAAUCACCGCAGCCGCAGCAACCAGCACUAUGCAAAGCAGAGCCCCGUCGCAUACCGCCAACACCGCGAUGACGGUGAUGUUGAUGGUGCGGACCGUAGCACGCACGACGACGACGACGACGACGACGAUUAUGAUGAUUACGGCAGCGUCACCCGUGCUGCUGCUGCUGGUGGUGGUGGUGACGAUACGCGCGAUCGACAUGAACGGCCACGCAGACGGCGACAGGCGGUCCGGUUCAGGGACGCGUCGAACGACACGGGCAACAAUAGCGACACGGACGCGUGCGCCGGGGAUGACGCGACGGAUGCGACGGAGGAUGAUGAGGUGGAUGGCAACUAUGGCGACGAGGACAACAGCAACGCCGAGAACGACGACAGCAACGGCCACCGCAGGCGCCACAGGCAGCAGCGGCCCGGGCACCGGUAUCACCAGCACGUGCCAACGCGGGAGGCGCGCGAACACAUGCGUGCACAGCUCAAGUCCAAAUCCGAGGUGUCUGUGAGCCCGCGCGUGUACAGCAACUGCGGCAGUGAGGCUGGCGAUGAUCUCAUGCACGUGUCCCCGGAUGGCGUUGGGGGCGGCCACCACCAGCACCACCACCACCUCAACAACAACAACAACAACAGCCCCGGCCAGGGCGGCAGGCGGCACAGCCUCAUGCCUGGCGCCGAGUUCUCGCGGCCACCGCGUCCGUGCAGUGCUGAUCGCGUCCGUUGCGGCGGCGGGUAUGUCGGGCUAAACGGCGGCAGGCGUCGCAGCAGCCUGAUGCCACCACCGCCACCACACGCCAAUGGCAGCAACAGCAGUGGCCAAUGUGGAGGCGGCGGCAAGAACGGCCGGCGGCGCUCCAACUCGCGCAAGGUGUCCGAUUUCCUGGAACUGCAACGCAGGUUUUCGGAGGUGCGGCCCGAAAUGCCCAUGGCGCUGAGCAAGGAGCAGAUGCAGAUGCACGUGCAGGCGCAGCGCGAUCGCCAGCCCCUGCGUAGCGGGGGCACUGGUGAAGGCGACGGUGUCCGUGGUGGCGGUGUUGCAUUGCCACAUGCCAAUCCAAGCGGCCAUCAUCACCAGCGCCAUGUCCGACAGCGCUCGAACGGCCGCCAGUCCCCGCCGCAGCACGGCGCAGCCACCAACAGCAGCAGCAGCAGCAGCAACGCUGCGAACGGCAGCAGCAAUGCAGAUGUCGGAGGUGUCGGUGUUGGCGGCGGGCGUGUGGGCAGUGGCGUGUCGCCGCAUGCGCGGGGACGGCGGUCUGAGCCGGACUUUCGACGCAUGCACCGAGGGCGUCCAGGGCACAACGGCAAGAACAAGUCGCUGUUUGAGCUCGCCCAGUACUAUCAAGCCGCAAAGCUGUCGUGA